AAGCGGAAGGGCACAGAAAAGGAGAGCCUUCACCGUACGCGUGGUUCCUCGUUUCAAGUUCCUGCACAUUUUCGUUAACUUUCCGGCGACUUUCCGGCCACUGUAAGCUCCGUGGAACCUUACCGUGUUUGCUGGAGAACCUUAAUGAUGCCAAUCCCAUAGAUGUCGUGUACACUGCUUUGGAGAUUGCAGGUGGAUGAUAUUGGUGCUCUAUUUGAAGGAAGUUUAUUGUAUUCCCAUUUUCAGAAGUAGCUAUGCUAGUGACUGGAGCAAAAGAUAACCAACUCCGUGAGAGCAGUAGCCAGAAGGUUCACCCACAACCCAUGGAAGAGGCCAUGAACCAGAAACCCGAAGCAGUGGAAGCCCUUAUAUCUAAGCUUUUUGCUAACAUUUCUUCCCUUAAGUCUGCUUAUAUCCAGCUCCAAGGUGCUCAUACUCCCUAUGAUCCUGAAAAGAUCCAAGCCGCCGAUAAACUUGUAAUUUCUGAGCUGAAGAAACUAUCCGAGCUCAAACACUUCUACCGAGAAAACAACCCCAAACCAGUAUGUGUUUCGCCACAGGACUCACGCUUAGCUGCUGAGAUACAAGAACAACAAAGCCUUCUGAAAACCUAUGAGGUUAUGGUCAAGAAAUUUCAGUCUGAAAUUCAAAACAAAGAUUCUGAGAUUCAUCAGUUGCAGCAGCAGAUAGAGGAGGCAAAUCAGAAGAAGGUAAAGCUGGAAAAAAACCUCAAACUUCGAGGACUAUCAAUGAAAGAAUCAGAAGCUUCUACAGAUGAAAAUGGAAUUUCCCCUGUAGACUUGACCCCUGAUCUGUUUAUAUCGGCCGUGGAAGGCGCUUUUAAGGCCAUUCAUGAUUUCUCCAAGCCAUUGAUUAACAUGAUGAAAGCAGCUGGCUGGGACCUUGAUGCUGCUGCUAACUCAGUCGAAUCCAACGUCAUCUACGCAAAGAGAGCUCACAAGAAAUAUGCAUUCGAGUCCCACAUAUGCCAGAGAAUGUUCUGUGGCUUUCAGCAUGAAAGUUUCUCGAUCAAAGUUGACGAUCUUGCACUCAAAAAAGAGGAUUUCUUCCGGGAAUUUCUUUCAUUGAAGGACAUGGAUCCAUUAGACAUGCUCGGCCAAAACCCAGAUUACAUUUUUGGUCAAUUUUGCAGGAGCAAAUACCUACUAGUAGUCCACCCAAAGAUGGAAGCCUCAUUCUUUGGAAACUUAGAUCAAAGAAAUCAUGUGGCAGGAGGUGGACAUCCUAGAACUCCUUUCUACCAGGUCUUCCUUAAAUUGGCUAAAGCAAUCUGGCUACUACACAGGUUAGCAUAUUCCUUUGAUCCAAACGUCAAGGUAUUCCAGGUUAAAAAAGGAAACGAAUUCUCCGAGGUAUAUAUGGAUAGCGUGGUCAAGAACUUAAUCAUAAACGAAAACGACCCGAAACCGAAAGUCGGGCUGAUGGUCAUGCCGGGUUUCCUGAUUGGUGGAACGAUAAUUCAGAGUCGAGUUUUUCUCUCGGGCGUCAAGGUUGCUGAAUAAACGAACACGAUGAGCAGGUCGUGAAGGGAUCGGAAAGGUAUGUAGACGUUUAUGUAUUUGUUGAAUACGGGUUUUCUCUGUUUGUUGUAAUAAUAUAUAGAGAGAGCCGCUGUCUUUGUGUCCUGCUGUUGUUGUUAGGUUUUCUGGUGAAAGAACUCUUAGUUCUCUCCCUGUUCUCCGUCAAGGUUAUAUGCUUUGUUUUAUGUUAAUGUAUUCGUUUUUCAAGAGCAGAGAAAAUUAAAUUUUAGUGCCCCAAAAUUUUUAUUAA